AUGCCAUCUUCAUCCAAGGUAGUUCUUUACUGGCAUCGCACCGACCUCCGUCUCCACGAUUCCCCAGCUCUACACGCCGCACUUGCCUUGAACCCCUCAACCUUCAUUCCAAUUUGGACGUGGGAUCCGCACUAUGUGUACCGCUCCCGCGUAGGCCCGAACCGAUGGCGCUUUUUACUAGAAUGUCAGAGCGACCUUUCAAAAUCCUACAAAAAGCUCAAUGCCAAGCAGAAGCUAUGGGUAGUGCGCGAGGCGCCGCAGACCGUCCUACCAAAGCUGUGGGAGGCGUGGGGAGUAACGCAUCUAGUUUUUGAAAAAGACACCGAUUCCUACGCGAGGGCGCGAGAUGAGGAGGUACUGCAAUUAGCGGAGAAGGCUGGGGUGGAGGUAAUUGUGAAGAUGGGGAGAAAUCUAUUUGAUCCCGAUGAGCUGGUCGCAAAGAAUGGGGGCAAAGCGACAAUGAGUAUAUCGCAGGUGGAGAAGGCUGCUGAGAAGAUCAAUUCUGGACAGCCCGAAAAGCCUUUGGAUGCACCCCAGAGUAUUCCCGAUCCGUGGGAUUGGGAGAAGAUGAAGUUGGACAAUAUCACACAGGACGGCGUUGAGGCAGAGCCUGAUUUUAAUGCGGAACAUCGGACGAGCAAGGACAAGCAGUAUACGGCCAUCAUGGGUCCGAAGAGUGAUUUUGGAGUGCCGACGCUCGAAGAGAUAGGCAUUCAAGCUUCGAAUGUGACGACACCGCACCGAGGCGGCGAAACGGAGGCGCUGAAGCUCUUGUCCACGUCCAUCAAAAACGAAGAAUAUAUCGGUCUAUUUGAGAAGCCCAAGACCUCACCUGCAGACUUUGAGCCACAGUCUACCACCCUCCUCUCACCGCAUCAUCAUUUCGGGACCCUCUCCGUGCGCAAAGUCUGGUGGGAUGUGCAAGAAGUGUUGCAAAAGCGCAAGGCCGAAAAGAAGCCCACAUCAUCGAUCCCCACUAAUAUGCCUGGCCAACUGCUAUUUCGAGAUAUGUACUUUGCUGCACAAGCAGCAGUGGGUCCUGCCUUCUCCACAACGUACGGUAAUCCCGUCGUAAGGCUGGUCGAUUGGCAUUUACAGUCCAAGAACCUGGCAGACGGAGGCUCAGAUGCUGAUUCCGAGACGGGUGACCGGGAUUAUACCGUCGACUCAGCUGACGCAGAAGAAUGGUUUAUUCGCUGGAAAGAAGGGCGCACGGGCUUUCCCUGGAUCGAUGCUCUCAUGCGGCAAUUGAGGCAGGAAGGGUGGAUCCAUCAUCUCGGGAGACAUAGUGUUGCCUGUUUUUUGACGCGUGGAGGCUGCUAUGUAAGCUGGGAAAGAGGUGCAGAAGUAUUUGAAGAGCUGCUAAUCGAUCAUGAGACAGCUUGCAACAUCGGGAAUUGGAUGUGGCUUUCCUGCACGGCGUUCUUUUCGCAAUUUUACCGCUGUUAUUCACCGAUUGCCUUCGGGAAAAAGUGGGAUCCAGAGGGUCACUUUGUACGGAAGUAUUGUCCUGAACUGGCGCAAUUUGACAAGAAGUAUAUCUAUGAGCCUUGGAAGGCGCCGAUUGCCGAUCAAAAGAAGUGGGGAUGUCGGGUUACGGGAGAUGGAACGGGUUCCUCGAAGGAACAGACGUAUCCGAAGCCGAUGUUUGACUUUGAUCAACGGAGGCAAAUAUGUCUGGAUAGUAUGAAGAAUGCGUAUGAUGUUGGAUUGCAUGGAGCCGAUAAAGAAGUCAUGACUGGAUCUUGGAGGGAAGAAUUUGACGUGGAUGAGAAGCCCUCCAAACGCCAGAAAACAGAAAAAUGA